AUGUUGUCUGUGAAAUCCCCAGCUGCCUACUACGUAUAUAUUCUCAUCCCUCCGCCCUUCAUCCCUCCUCCCUACAUCCCUCCCCGCAGAUCUGUCCCCGCACCGCCCCCCAUCCUCCCCCCAAGAACCAAACACCGCCACAACCCGCUUUCUCAUCCGCCUCUCUACAUACUCACCAUGUCUGCCCAGCCACAACAACCCAUUACCUCCUCCUCCCAGCUCCCCACCUCGCCCGCCCACCAACAGCCCCAGCCAGUACCCAAGACCGCCACCAAGCAGAAGAAGCAGCUCCGGGGGCCCUCUGGCAACAUGGAGCUUUUCGAGUGGCAGGCGACCAUGCACACAUGCCAGGCAAUCAAUGUUGACGGUGAACGAUGUGGUAAUUCGAUCACCAACCCGCGCCAAGAUCGGUUCUGUCCCAACGGCUACCACUUUGAAAACGCUCGUUACGACAACGUCGUCGAAAUGGUCGAGCGCCGCAAAGCCGCAGACAAAGCGAAUGCUAUCCGCCGCAAGGCUGAACUAGCCGAACAGCUCGCCCUGUUUGAAGCCCAGUUCAACCUCACUUCAGUUACCGGCAAGGUUUCUUCCUCUGGCUCGCUGCAGAGUCCCCAAGUCGUCACCUCUGCUCUGCCGCAGCAAAGACAGUCGGGCUUUUCGACGACAUUUCGCAGAGGCGGGCUUUGGUAA